AAGGGCAUAUCCUGUGGAGAAAUCUGGGUGUCCGUGAACCCUGGAAGAUCCGGAGGCUUGUUGCAGUCCCACGCAUAAGCGGUUAUGCGGGUGCCUCCCACCCCAUCCCCAAAGCUUCAAGUCGUGCGCCGACUCAACAACGAUUUCUAAAGCGCUGGUUGGGCUUGGCCCAGGAAGGGACUGGGAAAGUCGCCAUGGGCUCAGGGGGCCUCUCUCCUUCCAGUUCUGGCUCCGCCCACAUGUUCCUGUGAAGAAUGCUAUAUUGAUAAGGUCGUUACCAAAUAUAUCCUGUUUUGCAUAUGACUUAAAAUCUUUCCUUAUAAUUUUUUUUUUUCAUUUAACAUAGUAUCCAAGAUGAAUGACAGCCUCUUUGUCAGUUUGGACAGACUUUUGCUAGAAUUUGUCUUCCAGUAUGAGCAAGACAUAAGUACUAAAGAAGAGAUGCUUCAAAGAAUUAAUAAAUGCUGUGAAGAUAUUAAGGAAAACAAAGUAACUAUUUGUAGGAUACAUGACACUAUAAAUACAACAGAUGAGGAAAUUGAUCAUUACUGUAAACAUAGUGAGGAGAUUAAAGACAACUGUAGAAACUGGAAGCCAACAUGUGAUGUUUUUCAUAAACAUGAAGAUUAUAUGCAGGAUCAACUUACUAUUUAUCAAGAAACUACUGAAAAAGACAAAGAAAUGUAUCAUGAUUAUAUACGUCAAUAUAAAGAAGUUUUGAAGCAAUACCAACUAAAAUACUCAGAAACACCCUUUUCAUGUGAAUAUUAUGAGAAGAAAAGAGAACAUGAAGAAAUUGAAAGCAGAGUGUUGGCAUGUACUGAACAAUUAAAAAUGAAUGAAACAAUUUUUAUGAAAUUUCGAGUGCCUGCUCCCUUUCCAUCACUUAUUAAAUGGACAUUAAACAUUGUUAAUUUGAGAUGUAAAACACAAGAUAUUCUUAAAAAUGCCAGCAAUUUUACCAAAAGUUCAUCUGAAUUGAAGAAAGAAGUAGAUGAAAUGGAAAUAGAAAUUAAUUAUUUAAACCAGCAGAUAUCUAGGCAUUAUGAAACUAAGGCUCUUUCAGAAACUCUGGAAGAAAAGAACAAAAAUGUAGAAAACAGAAAAGAACUGAAAGAAAGAAUUUUUGAAAAAGAUGAACAUGUACUUGCAUUUAAUAAAACUCAAAGCAGUCAAUUAUUUCUUCCUUAUGAAUCUCAGAAAUUAGUAAGACCAAUAAAGAUGCAUUCUUCAGAACCAAGAAUUGCAGAUGUAAAAGAAGAAAGUUCUGUGAAUCAGUCAAAGCUUGCCAAUAUUGACUUCAGACAAAAAGAAAAUGAUACACAGGUAUUUAAUGACUCUGCUGUGGAUAACCAUUCAAAAUGUUCACAUAUUAUGGCUAUCAAAAGUUCACAAAAGUUUAUGCAAGUCAGAUUGUUAACUCCACAGAAACAAUCAAAUUCCAAUCAGUGGUUUGAAAAAGGAGAUAAAGAUGCUGAGUAUGGAGAUAAAAGGACAGUAAGACAAGUAAGAGAAUCAAAAUGUACUUCACAAGCUAUAUAUACUGAACAUUUUGGGAAGCCAGUAGAAAAUGAUAGUGACGAAGUAGAAGAGAGAGCUGAGAAUUUUCCACGAACAUCUGAAAUUCCUAUAUUUUUAGGAACUCCUGAAGCUGUGAAAGCAUCUGAGUCAUUGGAGAAAAUAAAAUUCCCUAAAACCCCACCGUUCGAAAUUAACAGAAAUAUAAAUGCAGUACCUGAAGUUCAAACACAAAAGGAAUCCCCUGGACUUUCUUUUCUUAUGAGUUAUACUUCUAGAUCACCUGGAUUGAAUUUAUUUGAUUCUUCUGUAUUUGAUACAGAAAUCUCGUCAGAUCAGUUUAAUGAACAUUAUUCUGCAAGAAAUCUAAAUCCUCUGUCAUCAGAGCAAGAGAUUGGAAACUUAUUUGAGAAGCCAGAAGGAGAAGAUGGCUUUACAUUUUCUUUUCCAUCAGACACUUCAACUCAUACAUUUGGAGCUGGAAAAGAUGAUUUUAGUUUUCCAUUUUCAUUUGGACAGGGUCAAAAUUCAAUACCUUCUUCUUCUUUAAAAGGUUUUUCAUCUUCCUCACAAAAUACAACACAGUUUACUUUUUUUUGAGCUAGUCAUUAAUUCCUUGAAUUAUUUUACUGUUCUGUAUUCAUGAGGGCAUACAUUUACAUUAUUGCUUAAAACAUGAAGACUGCUUUAUUUUGUUGAUUAAAGCAGUAAUGUUUACAUUAUUUGAUUAUAUUUAUUGAAAUAUUGAAAUACUGAAUAUUUUGGGUUUUGUGUGUACUAUUAACUAAUCAUUUAUUUUGGUCUGGAUUUUGUGAGCUGUGUUCAGGUAGAACUUUUAUUAAUCUUAAUAGAAUUUGAGGCUUUUUUCAUUACUCUUUAUUUUAAAUAUUAAGCCUGCUUCUCCUUGGAACCUAAGGUUUUUUCUGGUAGUAUUGUUGGUACUUUGAUAAGAACAAGAACUGCAGUAGUAACUCCAGAGUUAGUGCUGAAGUGUACUUUAGCUACUAAAAAUUUCUUUUAAAAUUAUUGGGAUUCACUUCUGCUUCACUAUGUAGUAUACAGAGUGGUACUAUAAUAAUAAUUUCAAAUAAUUUAUGUUAAUAACAAAAUCUGUGUUAUUUUCUUCUAAUAUAACACAUGGUACAAUUCUAAUUUUAUGAGUCAUGCUAAUGCCUUCAAUGGAUAAAAAUUAAAUGUGAAGGGCAAGAGUAAUUUCUGAAAAUUGGAUUGUUGUAUCAGUGGUGAUCCUGUUAAUAUUUUUUUUUGCUUAAAUAUUUUUUGAGGAACAUUUAAAAUUUUGUCUCCGUCAAUAAAAAACAAUUUCAUCUUUAUGUUUUGUGUUCAGUAUUUUUCAAUUAAUUAUAUAGCUUACAUAAAGAUAUUUAACAUUUGAUGAACUUCUGUAAACAUUUUGCUCAAUAUCAUUGUAUUUUGUGCUUUGUAAAUUAGCUAUAUUGAGUUACCAAGUACUAAGGAGUUU